CCUCAGUCAUCAAACCAAACUUAAGAAAAGGUCUCCAAGCAAACAACAGCUGAAAAUCUUCAACCAAACGCUACCUCACAAAAAAUCGAAAUGAAGUUCAUCACCGCCAUCCUCACCCUCGCUGCCGUGGCCGUCGCCAGUCCCACCGGCACAAACCCCCCUCAGUGCACGCCGGCCACCUACUCGUGCGCCAAGAACCCUAACACCCACGCCGAGGGUUGGCAGGUCUGCGAUGUCGACAGCAAGUGGGUGUACGCCGGUGACUGUCCCCCGAAGACUGUCUGCAAGUUCUUGGAGGCCAACGGAAGCCCGUAUUGCAUUCCUGCUACGUGGUAAAGCGGGGGAUGGAUGGAGGUUGAAACUCGAGAGAUGGGAGUCGAGUGGCGGGUAUCCCGCGUAGGACGAAGUUGGGUUGGAAUCGGGUGUUAUUUCUCACGACACUCCUUUAACUUGAGUUGAAGUUUAGGAAGUUGAGUAUGGAUGUGUAUGGGGGGGACUUGUAAAUACCUGGUUCAUUCACUCCUUAUGAUUGAUCAGGAAACAAUCAUUCUCUGAUACUGCAUGAAUCACUUCGCCAUAGUGGAGGAAGGCAUGAGGUAAACUGCCACGCUGGGUUAUCAAGACACCUUCUCAAAGUGGCCUUGAACUAUCG